CUUCGUCAUGCUGUGUAUCAACACCUUGGGAUUUUCCUAGACAAUAGAUAUCACAUUCAAUUGAAAUUAGGCUAUCUGAUUGUAAAUCCUAAGAAAAUUGAAUUGUCUUCCCAAAGUUCUGGGGAAGAUCAUGGAAGACUGCUUUUAUUGGGUUGAGCUCUGUAUCACGUGAUGUGCCUUGCCAGCUACGUGACCGUGCCCAUCAUCAAGCAAAAGCUCCCGACGGCUGUGAGUCCUUCUUACUACACACGACGCUUUGUUCUUCCAACCUGUUCUUCUCUCGUCAGAACUGCCACUGUCGCUGCAGUUUUUGAUACCGCGACAUUUUUUUAUCCGAUUUGUUUCUUACAGACUGAACCUUGCAUCAUGGGAGACGUCGCCGUGGAGAACCCGGCGAACAACGUCACGCCUCACACCAAGUCAAGUCCAUUGGACAGCAUCCCCAACAUAGACUCGCUCGAAGGCACAGGUACCGAUGGAGGCGACGAAUAUGCUACACUGAAGAGACUGCAGAGACAUCUUGAGUACAUUCAACUUCAAGAGGAAUACAUCAAGGAUGAGCAGAGGAGCUUGAAGAGGGAACUUGUCCGUGCACAGGAGGAGAUCAAACGGAUACAGAGUGUGCCCCUGGUGAUAGGACAGUUCAUGGAGGCUAUCGAUCAGAACACUGGUAUCGUGCAGUCUUCGACCGGUUCGAAUUAUGUCGUCCGUAUCCUGUCCACGCUCGACCGUGAAAAGCUCAAGCCGUCGUCUUCCGUUGCCCUCCACCGUCACUCUAACGCCCUUGUUGAUAUCCUUCCUCCCGAAGCUGAUUCCUCCAUUGCCAUGCUGGGCGAAAACGAGAAACCCGAUGUGUCGUAUGCCGACGUUGGUGGUCUUGACAUGCAGAAGCAGGAGAUCCGAGAGGCGGUUGAGCUGCCGUUGACACAUUUUGAUCUGUACAGACAAAUCGGUAUCGACCCCCCUCGUGGUGUCCUGCUCUACGGCCCCCCGGGAACCGGUAAGACCAUGUUGGUUAAGGCCGUGGCCAACAGCACAACCGCUAGCUUUAUCCGAGUCAACGGAUCAGAGUUCGUUCAGAAGUACCUGGGAGAAGGUCCUCGUAUGGUCCGAGAUGUUUUCAGAAUGGCCCGCGAGAACUCGCCCGCUAUCAUCUUCAUUGAUGAGAUUGAUGCCAUCGCCACAAAGCGUUUCGACGCCCAGACCGGUGCAGAUCGUGAAGUGCAGCGUAUCUUGCUGGAACUGCUCAACCAGAUGGAUGGUUUCGAGCAGACUAGCAACGUCAAGGUCAUCAUGGCCACCAACAGAGCCGACACUCUGGACCCAGCCUUGUUGCGUCCCGGUCGUCUCGACCGUAAGAUCGAGUUCCCAUCGCUCCGUGACCGACGAGAACGCCGACUCAUCUUCACUACGAUCGCAUCCAAGAUGUCGCUUUCUCCCGAGGUCGACCUGGACUCGCUGAUUGUGCGCAACGAGCCUUUGUCAGGUGCUAUUAUUGCCGCCAUCAUGCAGGAGGCUGGUCUGCGGGCCGUCCGCAAGAACCGGUACAAUAUCAUCCAAUCCGAUCUGGAGGAUGCUUACGCUGCCCAAGUAAAGGUGUUGAGCAAACUGCACAAGGCAGCCCUCUGUCUCGUCGUACUUAUCAACUGAUCCGCUUCCCGCGACGAUCCAGUCGACGGAGCCCAGUGACGCAGGAUUGCCCCCCGGUGAUUGGUUGAUUGGCCGGUCCGAGGAACCACAGUCGCUCCGCAACCAGUCACCCCAUCACGUAUCUCCCCCAGACCUCCUCUCUCCUCUCUCACCUCCUCCCAUCUCCCUCCUUCUACCUCCUUACCAUCUCUUUUGACCGUCUCUCUUGAACCCAUCAUCAUCAUCAUCAUCACUGUAAAGACACUCU